CUUAUCCGUCUCACUUCUUCCUCGCCACUGGACUAAACCACACAAUCGCCGUCGUCGUACCGGUCGGACCAAAACGGCAAUGUCCACUAGCGUCGAGAGGAACGGCAGCAGAAUUGGAAUUUACGACGACUUCGUGAAAGUUCACGGUGUCCUAUUAGCAGCGUCCGGCCUACCUCUGUCGCUGCACCGCAAACUGUUCCACAAGCUAACCUCGGAGACUUUCGACGGAGGGAAUCACUUCGCGAUCGAGCCCAGCGAAGAUGGCCGUCAGCGGCGGCUUCUGUUAACGUCUGACUCCAUGCCUAAGGAGUGCGAUGUCUUCCUCAUCGACCACGCCUGGUCUUUUCGCCUUCCCGACGCAUAUAACCAGCUGAAGGAAGUACCGGGCCUAGUCGAGAGGAUGGCUGCCCUGAUGUGUGUGGAUAUUGACAUCGAUUCCGAUGACAAAGAGGAGGAAAACGAUGAGAAUUUGAGUAUUGAAGAGGUUGUGGAGAAUGCAAUUCGAAAUGCUAAAGAAAAUGGAGAUGGUACUGUGACAUGGCUUGAACUGGAGGAGCUUGGGAUUGAUGAUGAAAAACUGCUGUCACUAGACUUGUGUAGUAAAUUUCCGGAUUUAGUAGGGCUUAGCUUGUGUGGAAACAAACUAGAGAAUGCAGAGGUGGUGGUGAGGGAAGUUACUAAACUCAAAAACCUAAGAGGCCUCUGGUUGAACAAUAAUCCAGUUCUUAAAAGAUGUAGCAUGGAAGAUGCAAUUCUCCAAGGAUGUUCAAAACUGGAAAUAUAUAACUCUCAUUUCACCCCAAAAUAUGGUCUAUGGGCUUUGAGAUUUUGUGGAGUUGUAUGUGGGAAGCAAGAUACUGGUAGCACAAAAGAUGAUGACAAUCGUUUGAAAGGCGAGACCACCCUGGACCUUUCGAAUAGAUCUAUUCAAAAUUUCAACAAUAAGGCAUUUGUACCAGAUGAGAUACCCAUGCUUGCGCAUUUGAAUAUUCGGGGAAAUCCAAUAGAACAAAAUUCAGUUGAUGAGUUGUUUCAAAUCUUGAAAUCAUUUCCAUGCUUGCAGUCUUUGGAGGUGGAUAUACCUGGCCCCCUAGGAGAGAGUGCUGUUAAGAUACUUGAAUCCCUUCCCCAUCUUUCCUCACUGAAUGGUGUUGAUGCAUCAAAAAUUUUAGAAUCUGAAAAGCAUGUUGUUGAUUCAAUGCUUGAGCUGCGACUUCCUGAAUGGACUGCUGAGGAACCCCUUAUUGAUCGUGUUCUUAAUGCAAUGUGGUUAUAUUUAAUGACGUAUAGACUUGCAGAUGAGGAAAAGAUUGAUGAAACCUCAAUAUGGUAUGUGAUGGAUGAGCUAGGUUCAGCUUUACGGCAUAGUGAUGAACCAAAUUUCAGAGUGGCUCCUUUUCUCUACAUGCCAGAGGGCAAAUUGGCAUCAGCAGUGAGGUUUUUGUUCUUCCUUCCUUCUGAUGCGUCUUGAAG